AUGACUGGACUGGAGAAAUGGGAACCCGAUAAAACGCACACCAAGGAUGCCAAACCGUCCGAAAAUGAUAGAAUGAACGAGAUUAACCGCCGUCCUCGUUCCAAUAUGUUGCAAGAAAAUUAUGUAGUGUCGAACCGUUCCACUGAGAAGAGUAAAAAUCAUCUCAGUACAACCGUUUAUCAAAACAAAUGCAAACUUUCUCCCGACAUCGCCAUAGUUGACGCAAAAAGAUUCCGGGGAAGCCCUUUGCGUAUAACUAACUAUACGUUGGGUCCACAACCACUUUUUUGGACUAGUGAAGAAAAAGCUCUGGGCGUGCGGGUCAGCAGCUGUUUAAAAAACUCCUUGCAAUGCACCGCCGUCUACAAGAGGACCUCACAAGUCCUGUCGCUCCUAAAACGGAUUUUUGGUCGUUUCACUCGACUGGCACUGCCCCGAGUAAUCAAUACCUACACCCGACCAACCGUGGAAUACGCUAUACAAGCUUGGUCACCAUGGUUUCAAAAAGACAUAAUUCUUCUACAGCGAAUAUAUCAUCGAGCCACGAAGCUGGUAAUUGGAUUGCAAAAUAAACCAUACGAAGACAGGAUUGCCAGUCUCAACCUAUUUGACUUCUACUAUCGGCGCAUCAGGGGAGACCUAAUUCUAACAUAUAAUAUACUGAAGACACCUAAUCAUCCGCUGGAAGACCUUUUUGUCCGACGUCGAACACGAACGGGCAGGAGGCAUGACUUUUCGCUCGCGGUACCUUACUCGAGGGUGAACUGUCGACGGAACAUUUUUGCGGUCCGUGUAUGUUUCAUUUGGACCUCCCUACCUCCCAAUGUUGUACAUUCGCCGAGUUUAACCAUUUUCAAGAACAAUUUAGAUGCAUAUCUUAUGUCCAAGCCGAAUGUGGAACUGUUUAACUCCAUGUGA